CGGAGCCUCCCCCUCCCCCGAGCGGUGGCUGCGGGGCCGAUGCGGGCGCUGGGGCUCGGGGUGCUGCUGGCGCUGCUGCCGCCGCCCGCCCCGGCAGAGACCUUCAGCGCCAUGAGGAGCGUGCGGGCGGCGAUGGGCGCCGAGGGCCGCCUGCUCCGAAGGCUCCGCGCCUACCUGCGGGAGGAGAGCGCCCGCCUGCGCCGCAUGACCAGGUUCUAUGAGAAGGUGCAGGCGCUGCACCAGGACCCGCAGGCCUCGGUGGAGAACCCCUUGCUGGCCUUCGGCCUCAUCAAGCGCCUCUACUCCGACUGGCCCAAUGUCAUCUACAGCGAUGAGGCCACCGAGAACAGCCAGGCGCUCCACGAGGGCUUCCAGGAGGUGGGGCAGGAGCUGCCGGGCGCCGAGGACGUGGCCGGGGCUGCGCGGGCGCUGAUGCGGCUGCAGGACGUGUACGGGCUCAGCGUCAAGGGCCUGGCCAACGGCGUCUUCCAGCGCAGCGGGGCCGCCCGCCCGCCCCUCUACAGCCCCGGCCGCAGGGUGCCCCUCUCUGCCGAUGACUGCUUCCAUGUGGGGAAGGUGGCCUAUGACACGGGUGACUAUUACCACUCCAUCGCGUGGCUGGAGGAGGCCGUUGGCCUCUUCCGCCUCUCCUACGGCAGCUGGAACCCGGAGGACCGCAGCAGCCUGGAGGAUGCUCUGGACCACCUCGCCUUCUCCUACUUCAUGGCUGGAAACGUCUCCCAUGCCUUGAGCCUCUCCAGGGAGUUUCUCCAUUAUGACCCCAGUAACCGCAGGGUGUUGAGGAACGUGGUCAAGUACAAGGAGCUGCUGGAGAAGGGGACAGUGACAAGCCCCGAGCCCUUGCGACGGCCCAAUGGCACCCACCUACAGAGCCGGGAUGCCUAUGAGGAGCUGUGCCAGCGCCCACGGGGGCAGUCAGCCCUGGAGCAUCUCCCACACCUCGUCUGCUCCUACGAGACCAAUGGCAGCCCCUUCCUCCUGCUCCAGCCUGCCAAGAAGGAGAUGGUCCAGACCCAGCCCUAUGUGGCUCUGUACCACGAUUUCAUCAGCGAUGCCGAGGCUGAGACCAUCAAGGGGUUGGCCGGGCCCUGGCUGCAGAGGUCCGUGGUCGCCUCUGGGGAGAAGCAGCAGAAAGCUGAGUACCGGAUAAGCAAGAGUGCCUGGCUGAAGGACACGGCCGACCCGGUGGUGCGGGCGCUGGAGCAGCGCAUCGGGGCCGUCACCGGCCUGGACCUGAGGCCGCCCUAUGCCGAGUACCUGCAGGUGGUCAAUUAUGGGCUGGGAGGCCACUACGAGCCCCACUUCGACCACGCCACGUCGAGGAAGAGCCCCCUUUACAGGAUGAAGUCAGGCAACAGGAUCGCCACGGUCAUGAUCUACCUGAGCUCAGUGGAAGCCGGCGGCUCCACCGCCUUCAUCGCCGCUAACAUCAGCGUGCCCGUGGUCAAGAACGCGGCUCUCUUCUGGUGGAACCUGCAUCGGAACGGGGCCGGGGCCGGGGCCACGCUGCACGCUGCCUGCCCAGUGCUGGCUGGGGACAAGUGGGUGGCCAACAAAUGGAUCCAUGAGUAUGGGCAGGAAUUCCGGCGGCCCUGCAGCACGGACCCAGAGGAAUGAGGCCACCGUGGGCUCCUGGAUGUGGCAUCCAUGGGUG